GAGAGUAGUGGGCUGGAGGAGAGGGCGAAAGCGCUAAUGUUACUUGCUGUCUGUUGAUCCUCUGGAAACCGUUUUAUCAGACAGAACAAGUAGAUUGGACGUUUUCUUUAGGGUCGUCAGCUUGCCCAUUCCUUUGAUGGGAUUAAUGGCCCAGUCUGGGAUUUGUUAUGAAAUAUGCUGCGGAAGCUUUUGUGUGUAAAUGGUGAGGUAGUCAGAUUAAGCUAGCUAGCUAGCAAGCUUGCUAGCUAAGUAACUUGCGGCGACGUUUAAUGUCAGCUCUGGUGAAUGCUAGCUAGCCAGCCAUCAAAAUCGCCCGUUCGUGUGUUUUGUAAUAAUCUGACUUCGCACGUUAACAAGGCACAAUGAAGACAGACGUGAAAAGCGUCACCCUCGGGGUGGAGGGCAUGACGUGUGGGUCCUGUGUCCACUCCAUUGAGCAACGGAUCGGGGGUCUUCCUGGGGUAAUCAACAUUCAGGUGUCACUAGAGCUAAAGAAUGCCACGGUGGUGUUUGACCACGCAUCGCAGAGCCCCGAGUCCCUGGCGGAAGCUAUCGACGACAUGGGUUUCGAGUGCAUCCCAGCGGCUGAUGGCGAAGUAACACCUGUUGCCACGGAGACACAGACUUUCCCCAUCACGGGCGUCCCCGCGGACUCGCUUCAGGAGGCGCUGGCGGCGCUGUCCCAGCUCCGGGGCGUGCUGUGCGCCGAGGAGGCCGGCGACGAUCUGGGGAUCUCGGUCACGUACGUGCCCUCCCUCACCGGCACGGAGCAGCUCGGAGGGGUGCUGAGCAAGCUGGCGUCACCCGCCGUGGCGACCGCACCCAGUCCAGACUCCGCAACGUCCCCCCUGUCCCCCCUCAGCCCCCCUCCGGAUGGGCCGGGGCGCGCCUCGGGAGCGGAGCUGGUGCGGAUGCGCGUGGAGGGCAUGGUGUGUCUCUCCUGCACCACCACCAUCGAAGGGAAGAUCGGCAAACUCAAAGGAGUUGAAAAGAUCAGAGUGUCUCUGGAGUCCCAAGAGGCCACAGUACUGUACCUGCCAUACCUCAUCACAGUGGAUGAGAUCAUCAGCCAGAUAGCCGUAGCUGGCUUCAAGGCUUUUGUCAAGUCAAAGCCUCGGCCAUUGCAGCUGUCUGCUACUGAAAUGGAGCGCUUGGUGAGUGCCACCGUGCCUGAAGGGGGCACUGUGGCCCAGCCUGCAGAGGUCACCAACCUGCUGAAGGUCACGGGGAUGCACUGCCAGUCUUGUGUGACCAACAUCCAGGACACCAUCGGCAAGCUGCUUGGCGUCAGCUCAGUGGUCGUUUCCCUGGAGACGGAACAGGCCACCAUCCAGCAUGACCCCAGAGUGGUUACAGUGGCGGCACUACAGCAGGCCAUCGAGGCCCUACCGCCCGGCAAGUUCCGAACUCAACCGGUCAACGGAGACCCGAGGCCGACCCCCUCCGGCUCCGUGUCCACCUCCCCUCCACCCCCUGCCCCACUGUCCCCACAGGAGGUCAGCCUCCACCAGCCCCAGCACCCUCUCUCUUCCCCGGACGCUAGCUUCCUCCAGCCCUUGGUGGCUGUGGCGGCGGUCCAUAUCGAGGGCAUGACUUGCAAUUCCUGCGUGCAGAGCAUCGAGGGCGUGAUCUCGCAGAAGAAAGGGGUGAGGUCGGCCAAGGUGUCGCUGGCCGAACACCAGGGCACCUUUGAGUAUGACCCACUGGUGACGUCACCGGAGGAGAUAAGGGAAGCCAUAGAAGACAUGGGCUUUGAUGCCUUCUUGCCAGAGACCAAUUCCCUGGUGCCCAGGCCAGCCAGCUCAAGCAGCCCUCCGUCCUUGCGCAGCCAGGCCCUGUCUCCGUCCUCCGUGAGCGGAAAGGAGAGGGAGACGGAGGAGGACUCGGAGCUAGGCCCCGCCAACGGAACCGCCCAGACGUACUCCAAAUGCUUCAUCCAGGUCGGGGGGAUGACCUGCGCGUCCUGCGUGGCCAACAUCGAAAGGAACCUCAAAAAUGAGCACGGAGUGCACUCUGUGCUGGUGGCUCUGAUGGCCAGCAAAGCAGAGGUGCGCUUCAACCCCAGCGUCAUCGACCCGCUGAAGAUCGCCGAGUGCAUCAGGGAGCUGGGCUUCAGCGCCUCGGUGAUGGAGAACUACGACGGCUCGGACGGCUCGCUGGAGCUGGUGGUGCGAGGAAUGACGUGUGCCUCUUGUGUGCACAAGAUUGAGUCCAACCUCAUGAAACAGAAGGGCGUCGUUUACGCCUCCGUUGCCCUGGCAACCAACAAAGCCCACAUCAAGUAUGACCCGGAGGUAACGGGACCCCGUGAUGUCAUCAGGCUGAUUGAGAAUUUGGGUUUUGAAGCAUCACUAGUGAAGAGGGAUCGCACUGCUAAUCACCUGGAUCACAGUCAGGAGAUACAGCAGUGGAGGCGGUCGUUCCUGGUGAGCCUGUUCUUCUGCGUGCCCGUUAUGGGCAUGAUGAUGUACAUGAUCGUGAUGGACCAGCAGAUCAGCUCGGCGCACCACCACAACGCCACGGCAGAGGAGCGGCAGGCCGCGCACGAGCACAUGGUCCUGGAGCGCCAACUGAUGCCCGGCCUGUCCAUCAUGAACCUGCUCUCCUUCCUCUUCUGCGUGCCCGUGCAGUUCAUCGGCGGCCGCUACUUCUACAUCCAGGCCUACAAAGCCCUAAAGCAUAAGACGGCCAACAUGGAUGUUCUCAUCGUCCUGGCAACCUCCAUAGCCUUCACCUACUCUCUGAUCAUCCUGCUGGUUGCCAUGGGGGAGAGGGCAAGGGUCAACCCCAUCACCUUCUUCGAUACGCCCCCUAUGCUGUUUGUGUUUAUUUCUCUCGGCAGGUGGCUGGAGCAGAUUGCUAAGAGUAAGACCUCCGAGGCCCUGUCCAAGCUGAUGUCCCUGCAGGCCACAGAGGCCACUGUAGUGAGUCUGAAUGCCGACAUGUCAGUGAUAAGUGAGGAGCAGGUGGACGUGGAGCUGGUCCAGAGAGGGGACGUGGUGAAGGUGGUGCCAGGGGGGAAGUUCCCGGUGGACGGCCGCGUCAUCGAAGGCCACUCCAUGGCCGAUGAAUCACUCAUCACAGGAGAGGCCAUGCCUGUGACUAAGAAGCCUGGCAGCACGGUGAUCGCCGGCUCCAUCAACCAGAACGGCUCUCUGCUGAUCAAGGCCACCCACGUGGGCACGGACACCACGCUCUCCCAGAUCGUCAAGCUGGUGGAGGAGGCGCAGACUUCCAAGGCUCCCAUUCAGCAGUUUGCCGAUAAGAUCAGCGGCUAUUUCGUCCCUUUCAUAGUGGGUGUCUCUCUCCUCACACUGAUCGCCUGGAUCCUGAUUGGCUUUGUGAACUUCCCCCUGGUGGAGAAAUACUUCCCUGGCUACAACAAGAGCAUCUCCCAGGCCGAGGUGGUGGUGCGCUUCGCCUUCCAGGCCUCCAUCACGGUGCUGUGCAUCGCGUGCCCCUGCUCUCUGGGCCUGGCGACCCCGACUGCAGUCAUGGUGGGCACAGGGGUGGGCGCCCAGAACGGCAUUCUCAUCAAGGGCGGCGAGCCGCUGGAGAUGGCACACAGGAUCCAGUCGGUGGUGUUUGAUAAGACGGGCACCAUCACCUACGGUGCGCCCAAGGUGGUCCAGGUGCGCAUGGUGGUGGAGGGGAACCGGGUGCCACGCUCCCGCCUGCUGGCCAUCGUGGGAACUGCGGAGAAUCACAGCGAGCACCCACUGGGUGCAGCCAUCACACGCUACUGCAGACAGGAGCUGGGCACGGAGUCGCUGGGCACCUGCACGGACUUCCAGUCGGUGCCCGGCUGCGGCAUCCGCUGCCAGGUGAGCAACACGGAGGGCCUGCUGCGGCGCGAGGACAGCGAUGGCGACAGCGAGGAGAACCAGCGCAACGCCGUGCUGGUGCAGAUCGGCGACACGCACGGCCGAGGGGUCGACAGCUCGCACCCCCUCAUCAUGGACCCGCAGCCACUCACGCUGGUGCAGUCUGCCUCCUACUCGGUUCUGCUGGGGAACCGGGAGUGGAUGCGCAGGAACGCGCUGCAGCUGCGGGCAGACGUGGACGAAGCCAUGACGGAACACGAGCGGCGCGGAUGCACUGUCGUGCUGGUGGCCGUCGACAACGUUCUCUGCGCCAUGGUGGCCAUCGCCGACACGGUGAAGCCGGAGGCGGAGCUGGCGGUGCACGUGCUGAGCAGCAUGGGGCUGGAGGUGGUGCUGAUGACCGGAGACAACAGCAGGACGGCGCGGGCCAUCGCUGCACAGGUGGGCAUCAGGAAGGUGUUUGCGGAGGUGCUGCCGUCCCACAAGGUGGCCAAGGUGGAGCAGCUGCAGCAGGCGGGCAAGCGCGUGGCCAUGGUGGGCGACGGCGUCAACGACUCCCCGGCCCUGGCCAUGGCAGACGUGGGCAUCGCCAUAGGAACGGGCACCGACGUGGCCAUAGAGGCGGCGGACGUGGUGCUCAUUAGGAAUGACCUCCUUGAUGUGGUGGCCAGCAUAGACCUGUCGAAGAAGACCGUGAAGAGGAUCCGCAUCAACUUUGUCUUUGCCCUCAUCUACAAUCUGGUGGGAAUUCCCAUUGCUGCUGGCAUGUUCAUGCCCAUCGGCCUGGUCCUGCAGCCCUGGAUGGGCUCUGCUGCCAUGGCAGCCUCGUCCGUCUCCGUGGUGCUCUCCUCCCUCCUGCUCAAAUGUUACACUAAGCCGAGCGCCGAGAAGCUGGAGCAGCGGGUGGGCGGCCAUCGGCGGUCGGGCAGCCUGUCGGACGUGAGCGUGCACAUCGGCAUGGGCGAGCUGCGCAGGCCCUCGCCCAAGCUCAGCCUGCUGGACCGCAUCGUCAACUACAGCCGCGCCUCCAUCAACUCGCUGCGCUCCGACAAGUACUCGCUCAACGGCAUGGCGCUGGCCGAGCCCGACAAGCACUCCCUGCUGGUGGGAGACAUGAACUGCGAGGAGGAGAUGGUGUGAGGAGGAGGAGGAGGAAGAAUGAGUGUGUGUGUGUGUGUGUGUGUGUGUGUGUGUGUGUGUGUGUGUGUGUGUGUGUGUGUGUGUGUGUGUGUGUGUGUUUUAAGACUUGAUAUAAAAAAAAGAGAGAUGGAGGGAGAUUAUGGAGGGUAAGGAGAUAAAUGUACAACCCUCAGUCCUUUAAAGUAGCAUAAGGGUUGGAACUUGAGCUCUGGAAUUCACCACUCUCUCUCUCCCUCUCUGUCUCCUUUGAGCCACUGCUGUGCCUAAGCUGUGGGUGUUUGUUAACACUCGUAGCCUGUUGACAUUUUGUUUCUCUGUUUGUUUGUUUGCCUCGCACUAUCACUGCAGGCACACGAGUGUGCGUAUCCCAACUUCAGGCAGGAUAUCUAAAGUGUCACUGCAGUGAGUGUCUGUUUUCCGAGUCCGCUUAUAUAUCAGAAAGUACAAGACAAGGGAGCUGGAGGGAUAGACACUCAAAAUCAAGAUAUGACAAAUCAGAGUUGCAAACUAUCUUUACUUUGCUGAGGAGCAUACCAGAUCUGAAAGAUCUGUCCAAAGACCAAUUGAAACAAUGCCCUCACAGGAAUUAAAGAAAAAUGUGGUCAGAGGAUUUUAUUAGUUUCCCCUAAAAAGGAAAUGUGACUUACAUUUAUAAUAUUGUGUAUUAUGAUUUUAAUGCAAAGACUAUUUAUACAGCCUAAUUUUAAAUGUUACUACAGUAUGUCACAAUCUUUAUAUAUUUUUUUCGUGUGACACUAAGGAAUGUAGAAAUGCACCAUCAUUAUUUAUCUUUCUUUUCCAAAUGAAUUCUGACCGCUCUGCGUUUCUGCAAAAGAAGCCUUACUUCAGAACUGGCAAAAGCUCCAUGCAGGAUUCCAGUGUCGUCAGAAUGACUCUAGUACCAGUCACAGACUAUCCUGGUUCAGUUGGGGAAAGAAAAAAAAAAACACAUUCCAAAGAUUCCAAAGCAGUUUGACCUCCGGGCUCUAAAAAACCGAACCUCAUUCUUGAAGACCGGUCAAGACAGACACGUAAGAGAUUGCAGGUCCAUAGUUGACCCGGUCUCAGUCCAGACCGGACCAGACAGAGUAUCCGGGUACCUGUCGGAGUACCUGUCCGAGAACAGAUUAUAUCCUGUACUGUAUACACAGUGUUUGUCGUGUAGCUUUCAUGUCCGUGCCAUCUGGUGUGAAGGUCAAUAAGUGAAUGUGAAUAUGUUUUGCUGUGAAUCAAAGAACAACAUUAACAAGGUGAUAACGGAUGUGUUUUCUACUCAGCUUAGUGCUUUGCAAACGACACGUCCUCAAAUCUCAAGUGCUUAUGAAUUAUCGAUGCUGUUUGCUGCCUGAAAGUUUAGGUGACUUUCUCUCUGAAGUCUUUGUGUCUCAAUGUAGUCUUGGCAUCUCUAUAUUUGUUUUCUUGAUUUUGCCAAAAUGUAAGAGUGAUUUCCACUAAAGUGACAUCUAUUAGGUACAUACCCAGUAAUAUUCUCCCAUCAUGGCAUAAUCAAAAACACCAACCUAAUCGGAUUUGUUUUUUAGAAUAUGAUAAAUUUGUUUUAAGACUUGUGCAACCAAACUUGUUACUGGUCUCUCUCGCGCAUACACACUCUCUCUCUUACUCAUGCCACGAGCGUAAUCAGUUUCCCUGGCCUUAGUAAGGAGCUUGGCACUUUCCUCAGGGGUAAAGAGGCCUUAAAACAAUGUGCACAUUUCAGAAAUGCAACACUACACUUUGCAGUCAGAUAUACGCUCAGAUGUACUCUAAGGAAUCCACACAUUUAGUGCUGCUUGUCACAAACACCACAUGAUGAAGGAACACUUUUAAUUAAAGAUGUAUAAUCGUUGCAUUUAUUUUGUAUUACUCCAGUCCACUUCUAUGUAGUGUUAACAGUGUGCAAAGAAGCGUUGGGUCAGUUCGAGAUACCAGACAAUUUCAAUUUCUUCUUUUUUUUUUUUUUUUUCCUUCUGCUGCACUUUGUAUUAUGUACUUCACAUGUUGUGAUAUUUAUUGCUGGUCUUGCCGUGUGAAUUGAGGAAAGUGUAGUUGGAAAGUAUUUGGACAGGUCGUACACAGUGUUUAGUUUUCUCAGUUAUACAGUGCAUACUCUGCAGUCCUUUAGUUACUUCUGUUGUAAAUAUGUACAUUAUGCCUUUGGAAUAAAUAAACUUCCUUGGCAUCUGUUUUAGUGUCCAUUUGUAAGUCUGGGAUCCCUGAAUGCGUGGACAAACUGCGCCGCCCUGUGGGCACAUAUAUAAUUGCUUUAUUGUC